AUGGAGAGCGAGCGCGACAUGUACCGCCAGUUUCAGGACUGGUGCCUAAGGACUUACGGGGACUCAGGCAAGACCAAGACGGUGACCCGUAAAAAAUACGAGCGGAUCGUCCAGCUCCUCAACGGCUCCGAGUCGAGCUCCACGGACAACGCCAAAUUUAAAUUCUGGGUCAAAUCGAAGGGCUUCCAGCUGGGCCAGCCCGACGAGGUCCGCGGGGGCGGUGGCGGCGCCAAGCAAGUGCUCUACGUGCCGGUCAAGACCACGGAUGGCGUAGGGGUAGAUGAGAAGCUGUCUUUAAGGAGAGUAGCUGUGGUUGAAGAUUUCUUUGACAUUAUCUAUUCAAUGCAUGUGGAAACAGGGCCAAAUGGAGAACAAAUUAGAAAACAUGCUGGACAAAAAAGAACUUACAAAGCCAUUUCAGAGAGCUAUGCUUUCCUACCAAGAGAAGUGGUGACAUGAUUUCUAAAGAGCUGCUCAGAGUGCCAGAAAAGAAUGCAUUUAAACCCAGAUGGAACAGAUCAUAAAGAUAACGGAAAACCUCCCACUUUGGUGACCAGCAUGAUUGACUACAACAUGCCAAUUACCAUGGCCUAUAUGAAGCAUGUGAAACUGCAGCUGCUAAACUCACAGCAAGAUGAGGAUGAAAGUUCAAUAGAAAGUGAUGAAUUUGAUAUGAGUGAUUCAACACGGAUGUCAGCUGUGAACUCUGAUCUUAGCUCCAAUCUUGAAGAAAGAAUGCAAAGUCCCCAGACUCUUCAAGGCCAGCAAGAUGAUGAUUCUGCUGCUGAGAGCUUUAAUGGCAAUGAGACUCUGGGGCAUGGUUCUAUUGCUUCAGGGGGAGCACACGGCAGGGAGAUGGGAGACACCAACAGCGAAGGCAAAACCGGGCUGGAGCAGGACGAGCAGCCACUGAACCUGAGUGACAGUCCCCUCUCAGCACAGCUGACAUCAGAAUACAGAAUAGAUGAUCACAGCAGUAAUGGAAAAAACAAAUACAAGAACCUUCUAGUUUCUGACCUCAAGAUGGAACGAGAGGCGAGAGAAAAUGGAAGCAAGUCUCCUGCCCAUAGUUACUCAAGCUAUGACUCUGGCAAAAAUGAGAGUGUCGACAGAGGUGCUGAGGACCUAUCACUAAACAGGGGAGAUGAGGAUGAAGAUGAGCACGAUGACCAUGAGGAUUCUGAGAAAGUAAAUGAGACAGAUGGAGUGGACGCUGAGCGGUUGAAAGCUUUCAAUAUGUUUGUCAGGCUGUUUGUAGAUGAAAACUUGGACCGAAUGGUCCCAAUCUCUAAGCAGCCCAAAGAAAAGAUCCAAGCUAUCAUUGACUCAUGCAGGCGACAAUUCCCUGAGUAUCAAGAGCGUGCCAGAAAACGUAUACGUACUUACCUCAAGUCCUGCAGGCGGAUGAAAAGAAGUGGUUUUGAGAUGUCUCGACCUAUUCCUUCCCACCUUACUUCAGCAGUUGCAGAGAGUAUCUUGGCUUCAGCCUGUGAGAGCGAGAGUAGAAAUGCUGCCAAGAGGAUGCGUCUGGACAGACAACAGGAUGAGUCUGCUCCAGCUGACAAACAAUGCAAGCCAGAGGCAGCCCAGACCACUUACUCAACAUCAGCUGUUUCAGGCUCACAGGAAGUGCUGUACAUCAAUGGAAACGGGACCUACAGUUACCAUAGUUACAGAGGGCUAGGCGGGGGACUGCUAAAUCUGAAUGAUGCUGCCAGUAGUGGACCCACUGAUCUCAGCAUGAAGAGGCAGUUGGCAACCAGCUCAGGAUCCUCCAGUAGUUCAAGCUCCAGACCCCAGUUGAGUCCAACUGAAAUCAAUGCUGUAAGACAGCUUGUUGCAGGAUACCGAGAAUCAGCUGCAUUUUUAUUGCGUUCUGCAGAUGAGCUGGAAAAUCUUAUUUUACAACAGAACUGAGUCAAAUGACGAUCAUAUUCACUGAGGUAGAAAUUUGCAGU